ACCAACUGUCGUCUAUCCCCAAUUGUUUAGGAGGAUUCGUGUAAUCGUCGUAUUAAUAAAGACGUGAAAUAAGGAUUCUACUCAUUCUAGUAAAUCUUAGUUCGUCUGAAAAAAAGCCCAAAUUAAAAAACAAAUCAAAUCAAAUCAAAUCUAAUAGAGGCAGGGCUUUACUUCCACGCUAGGAGGCGCCUUUUCCGGCACCACCCACCAAAUUCAAACCACAAGCAUUCCCAAAUUCCUCUUCCUCUUCGUCUUCCUCCUUUUCUCUCUCUUUCAUUCUUUAAUCAAUCGAAGAACAGAGAAAACAUUCAUACCCUUUUCUCUAUUUCAACUUCAGGAAGCAAGGCCUUUGACCGAGUUACGGAAAUCUUCUUUUGUCAUUUUGGGUUUGUUUAUAUAGCAAGGUCGGGCUGUCAACUAUUGACAGCCCGAUUUUGUUGAACUUGGUCAAAAAGUCCAGGUGAUCUCACAUUUUCUGGCUCUUAUUUCCGCUUUGUGGGUCGUUUUGUUUAGUGAUUGGUGUUGAUGUUGUUUUUUGAGAGAUUUUGAGCUUGUGCACCAUGGCUUCCUUCUCCGGAAGCUUUCAACGACCUCUAUUCACAGCUGCUGCUGUUGCUGUGGCAUCUGUUACAACUGAUCUUCCGAACAAGUUAACUAGUUCCAAACAAUCUGAACCUUCUGUUGCCUCAGAAACAUUAGCUUUACUGUCCUCCCAUGACUCAACUCCAAGUUCAGAAUUUUCAUGGGUGUCUAACAUUUCAGUCUCCAAGCUUGCUGGGUUGUCUUUUGUGAGCAGAAUUCAGGUGCCAGUGCCUAAUAUUAACUACCGUUCAAUACAAAAUCCGAGCUGCGGUUUUUCUGGAAAUUCAGUGGCAUCAUCUCCUGUUUUGAUUGAUCUUUACCAGUCUGCUGAGUUAGCCAAGAGAUCAAACCCCAAAACAUAUACUUAUCCUAGUCCAAGCGUGCCAUCUGAGGAUUUGUACAGGUGGCAUUUACCCGAGCCUAGUGCUGUUGAUGUUGGUGGCAAGUCAGAUUGUUCUUCUGCAAAAUCUAGGACAGUAGUGAUUUUGCUGGGAUGGUUGGGAGCAAAGCAGAAGCAUUUGAGUAAAUAUGCAGAAUGGUACACUUCAAAGGGCUUCCAUGUAAUUACCUUCACUUUCCCAAUGUCGGAGGUUCUCAGCUACCAAGUUGGUGGGAAAGCUGAGAAAGAUGUGGAGUUGCUUGUAAACCAUCUUUCUGACUGGCUAGAAGAGGAACAUGACAAGAACCUUGUUUUCCACACUUUCAGUAACACGGGUUGGUUAACAUAUGGAGUUGCUCUAGAAAAGUUUCAGAAACAGGACCCUUCUUUAGUAGGCAGAAUCAAAGGUUGUAUCGUGGAUUCGGCUCCAGUUGCAUCCCCAGAUCCUCAGGUAUGGGCUUCAGGUUUUUCAGCUGCUUUUUUGAAAAAGCAAAGUGUAGCAACGAAGGGGCUGUCAAUCUCAUAUGAUUCAGCCAAUGAAGGUUCUGUUUCAAGAACCGUUAGUGAGCUAAAACCUGCAGUAACUGAAACAGCUUUACUUGUACUGUUGGAGAAGUUCUUUAAAGUUGUAUUAAACCUUCCUCCAGUGAAUAGGAGACUAACAGACGUUAUGGGACUGCUGUCGUCUAGGCAGCCAAGCUGUCCGCAAUUAUACAUAUACAGCUCUUCAGACAGGGUCAUCCCUGCAAGUUCUGUCGAGUCAUUUAUAGAGCAGCAACGGAAAUCUGGGCACGAGGUUAGAGCGUGCAACUUCAUCUCCACACCUCAUGUAGAUCACUUCCGGAAUGAGCCACAAUUGUAUACUUCUCAGCUUACCAAUUUUUUAGAAGAUUGUGUACUUAAAUGUUGCAAAGGGUCUUUUUGAACAUAACGUAACCAAACCCAUUGAUUUUGUCAUACAAACCGUAUUCAAGGUUUUACUUACAGGUGAUAGAUAGGUUAAUCCUAAUUGUUUGUUCCUAAAGUCUCUUGUAACAACUUUUUAUACAGAGUACAAUUGUACAAUACAGAUAUAUACAGUCAAAAGUUUUAGAAUCAACAGUUGAUGUUUUCCUGCAGCUAGUGUUUUGGUGCUGUUUAUGGUAAUAUCCCCUGUUUAGUUACAGAUCAGAAUAAUUCUGUAAUCAGCCAUUACAGGCUAUUGAAUCCACCCAAAGUUUUGGUCGAAA